GCGGCGGCCGGCGCACCAUGCUGCUCCUCUCGGUGGCCAGCGCAAGGCUGCGUCCCGCUCCCGAGCCCGCCCGCCCGCCGCAGCGGCGCUGAGGGGAACCUGCUUCGGCCGGGCUGAGCGGCCGCGCCGGCCACCAGCGCGGGGCACCGGAUGUGGCAAGAAGCGAUGAUGAGGCGGCGCCGCUAUUUGCUGGAGCGGGCAGAGCAGGCGGCCGACGGGGGCUGCGGGGUGAGCGGCGAGCAGCCCCGCUCCCGGGACUGGCUCUACGAGUCCUACUACUGCAUGAGCCAGCAGCACCCGCUCCUCGUCUUCCUGCUGCUCAUCGUGAUGGGCGCCUGCCUGGCGCUGCUCGCCGUCUUCUUCGCUUCGGGGCUGGAAAUUGAUGAUCAUGUGGCAUUUUUAAUAACCAUUCCAACAGCCCUAGCAAUCUUCUUUGCCAUAUUUAUCCUUGUCUGCAUAGAAUCUGUGUUUAAGAAGCUGCUCCGUAUUUUCUCUUUGGUGGUGUGGGUGUGUCUUGUUGCCAUGGGAUAUCUCUUCAUGUGUUUUGAAGGCAUCAUGUGUCCCUGGGACCAGGUAUCAUUUUUCUUGUUCAUUAUAUUUGUGGUAUAUACCAUGCUGCCCUUCAACAUGAGAGAUGCUAUAAUUGCCAGCGUCUUGACCUCUUCAUCCCACACCAUUAUGCUGAGCAUCUGUCUAUCAGCUACAGCCAUCAUAAAGGAACAUUUGGUUUGGCAGAUAUUGGCAAAUGCUAUCAUUUUUAUCUGUGGAAGCCUGGCCGGAGCAUACCACAAGCACCUCAUGGAACUUGCUCUGCAGCAGACGUAUCAGGACACCUGCAACUGCAUCAAGUCCCGCAUCAAGUUGGAAUUUGAGAAGCGGCAGCAGGAACGUCUUCUACUUUCUUUACUGCCUGCUCACAUUGCCAUGGAAAUGAAAGCUGAGAUUAUUCAGAGGUUACAAGGCCCCAAAGCAGGCCAGCUGGAAAAUACGAACAACUUUCACAAUUUAUAUGUCAAGAGGCACACCAAUGUGAGUAUUCUGUAUGCUGAUAUUGUAGGAUUCACUCGGCUGGCUAGUGACUGUUCACCUGGAGAACUGGUACACAUGCUUAACGAGCUCUUUGGCAAGUUUGAUCAAAUUGCAAAGGAAAAUGAAUGUAUGAGAAUUAAAAUCUUAGGUGAUUGCUACUACUGUGUGUCUGGACUACCUAUAUCUCUUCAAAAUCAUGCCAAGAACUGUGUGAAAAUGGGAUUGGACAUGUGUGAAGCCAUAAAGAAGGUCAGAGAUGCAACUGGAGUUGAUAUCAAUAUGCGUGUAGGAGUGCAUUCUGGAAAUGUCCUUUGUGGUGUUAUUGGGCUACAGAAGUGGCAGUAUGAUGUAUGGUCACAUGAUGUUACAUUGGCAAACCACAUGGAAGCUGGAGGAGUCCCAGGCCGUGUUCACAUUACUUCAGUCACCUUGGCACAUUUGAAUGGAGCAUACAAAGUGGAAGAAGGGGAUGGAGAUGUAAGGGACCCAUAUCUGAAGGAGCAUAAUGUUAAAACCUACUUUGUAAUCAAUCCCAAGGGAGAAAGGCGAAGUCCUCAGCACCACUUCAGACCCCGGCAUACCUUAGAUGGAGCUAAGAUGAGGGCCUCUGUCCGCAUGACUCGGUACCUGGAAUCUUGGGGUGCAGCCAAGCCGUUUGCACACUUACACCACAGGGACAGCAUGACCACUGAAAAUGGCAAGAUUAGUACCACAGAUGUGCCAAUGGGUCAGUAUCAUUUCCAGCGCUGCAGAGAAAGAACAAAAUCACAGAAGAAAAGAUUUGAAGAGGAAUUGAAUGAGAGGAUGAUUCAGGCCAUUGAUGGAAUUAAUGCUCAAAAGCAAUGGCUUAAAUCUGAAGACAUUCAAAGAAUAUCACUACUUUUUUAUAACAAAACUCUGGAAAAAGAAUACAGAACAACUACAUUGCCAGCAUUCAAGUAUUAUGUGACAUGUGCUUGUCUCAUAUUCUUCUGCAUUUUUAUCGUGCAGAUUCUGGUAUUACCAAAAACAUCUAUCCUUGGAAUUUCCUUUGGGGUGGCAUUUCUCUUGCUUUCCUUCACUCUUUUUAUCUGUUUUGCUGGACAGCUUUUGCAAUGCAGCAAGAAAGCUUCAGCUUCACUGUUGUGGAUUUUGAAGUCAUCUGGAAUAAUUGCAAACCGUCCCUGGCCACGAAUCACUCUCACAUUGACCACUACUACUAUAACAUUAACGAUGGCCAUAUUCAAUAUGUUUUUCCUGGAUGAUCCUGUGAUAGUUUUCAUCCCGAUUCUUAAUUCAUCAAAUGCAAGUUUUCCCGAAUCAAGUGAUCAAACACUGUGGUAUAUACAAAACAACUAUUUUUACCUACCAUACUUUAUCUAUAGCUGCAUUUUGGGGCUGAUAUCCUGUUCUGUUUUCCUGCGGAUAAAUUAUGAGUUGAAAAUGGUGAUAAUGCUGAUUGCAUUGGUGGGCUACAAUGUCAUCCUUCUGCACACUCAUGGUUCCACACUGGAUGAUUACAACAAAUUCCUGUAUGCAAUGGGACCUAUGAAAAGGCCAGGAAUAUUGAAAGACCUGAAGACAAUGGGUUCUGUGUCUCUCUUUAUAUUCUUCGUGACAUUACUAGUUCUUGGUAGACAGAAUGAAUAUUACUGUAGGUUAGACUUCCUGUGGAAGAACAAGUUCAAAAAAGAGCGUGAGGAGAUUGAGACCAUGGAGAACCUGAAUCGGGUGCUGCUGGAGAACGUGCUUCCUGCACAUGUGGCUGAACACUUCUUGGCAAGGAACCUGAAGAACGAGGUCUGUUUUACAACAGAGACUGUGGCAUGGUAGUUUGAAAUAGAAAGUAGGAAAUUGUCUAAAUGACAAAGUACUUUGUCAUCCAAGAAGCAAGAUAUAGAUGUGGGGGGAGGAAAAAGGAGAGGGAAGGAGAAAGGAGACGAUUGAAUGGACCUGAAUUUACAGUGAAAUUAAUUGUUUUCCUCUAGUGGCAAUAUGGAGCUGUAUUUGAGGGCUGCAUUUGCUGCCGAUGUCUGGAGAGCCUAGCUAUCAAAGGAAAAGUGAAAAAACAAUAAGACAGGGGGAACACAUUCAUUCAGAAAAGAAUCUUUAAAUGUCUCAGUACCCAUUUCUUCUCUGCUUAAGGACUUGAUGAAAAGUCCAUGGAAGUCAAUAGAAAGACUCCCAUUAACUUCAGUGGGCUGUAGACCAGCGCCUAAAUGUUCCUAAAGGGGUAGUAAUGAAGAAUGAAAGAAAGUGCUUAUAAAGUAGUGAGAAAUUCUUCAUGGAUCUGAACUAUGCGAAAAUAACUGUUUUAGCAGUGUAAUGAUUUCACAAUAAAUCAAAAUAGAUACUUAGCAGUGGUGUUUCACCUUUGAUGGGUUAGGUCAGAAAGAGCAGCAUUUCUUCCCUCAUUUCAGCAUGCAGUAAGACCUAAUAGUAAAGUACUGCUGAUAAAAACUUUUCUGCUUUUCACUACCCAUGAGCUGGUAUCCACUUUGAAAAAAAAUUGGCAGAAGAUACCAGUGAACCAUGGAACAUUUUGGCUUUGUGCCAGUUUGGCACAGAUCCAGUUCUCAGCUCAGGCGUUAAAGACAGCAAGCCAUCAGGAGCCUACUUUCUCAUAUAUGCUAUUGCAAAGCUGCCCGACAGAGUAGCACCAUCUGCUCACCUAACUAUAGGCAACCAGAUUCGUAUUCUCACCCUCAAACUUAUUGUGAUUGAAAUUAGCUUUAGAUAAAUUUGCUGAUGAUCAGCAACUGUGAUGUGCUGAGCCCUCCGAGCUGUCAUGUCAAGCAAAGGAAAAAUUGGUUUUGCAUGCUUUAAUGGCCCUCCCUUUAAAAAAAGAUUCGAGUAAUACUUCUGUUAAUUAUUUUUCUCUUCAACUAGUUUCAAAGCCAUUUCUCAAAUGGACGAGAUCCAGCUACUAGAUUAAUCUUUGGAAACACUUAGGAAUAUUAGCAUACUGUUGCUUUAUGUGUGCUGUGUUUUAAACAUCAACUGUUUACUCAGAUUUGUUUUAAUUAAUGACAUUAAGGGUAUGGAAAACCAUUUAAAACUUUCUAAUUUGUUGCAUCUAUGCUAACUACAAGCUUUCCUUUUAAUAUUGGGGAAGGGCCUUGUAAUGGGGAAUGAUGAUAAAAUAUAUAAAGAAAGUCAGAAUAGAGUGAAAAUAAAUUCUUUUGAUAUGGCCUCAUUUCAGUGGUGGG